GCCGUCCGAUCGAGAUGUCGGACUAUAAAUUUGGUUCUGCCCUCGUCUUCUCCAUCCCCUCUUCCUCACUCCCACAGGAACUUGUCUUUCUCGAUGGCUGCAAAGAGGCUGCUGGAAAAUGGAGAGACGCCGGAGGAGAAGAGACCAAGGGAGAGCAGUUCACUGGCAAAUGCUAUCAGAGAAGCGGUGACGAACAUGCCGGUGGAGAACUUUCGCAGAGCUUUGGAACCGUUGUUUCGGAGAGUGGUGCAAGAAGAGUUGGGGCGUAGCAUUCAGCAGUUUGAACGUGUAAACAAUAGUAGAAGAAAUGGAAGGCUGCAAUUGCAGGAAUGCAUUGAAGCACCAAAAUUGAGCUUGAAGUUUAAAGAAAAGUUGGCUCUUCCAAUCUUCACAAGCACAAACAUUGAAGCUCAAAGCAACAACCCUCUAGAGCUCGUGAUCAUAGACAACCAAACGGGGAACAGAGCGCAGCUGCAAGGCCUCCCACCGUCGUUGAAAGUUGAAAUACUCGUGGUGGAUGGGGAUUUCCCUCCAGGCGACAGAGAAAGCUGGACAGCAGAGGAGUUCAACAGUAACGUGGUGCGGCGCCGUGAGGGGAAACGACCGCUGCUUGCUGGAGACGUUUCCAUCACACUAAAGGAUGGGGUUGGCUUGAUCAAGCUGCUCUCGCUUACGGACAACUCAAGCUGGACUAGGAGCAGGAAGUUCAGGCUUGGAGCUAGAGUUGUGAAAGAUAAGAAUGGUGGGAUUCGCAUCGGUGAAGCUCUCUCGGAAGCCUUUAUUGUCAAGGACCAUCGUGGUGAAUCAUAUAAGAAGCAUCAUCCACCAUCGCUGAACGACGAAGUAUGGCGCUUGGAAAAGAUCGGGAAAGAUGGUGCGUUCCAUCAAAGGCUGGCUGCUGAAAACAUCAAUAACGUCCAAGACUUUCUCAAGUUGUCAGUCAUGGACCAACCACGCCUCAGAAUGAUACUAGGAGGGAUGUCUGACAAAAUGUGGGAGGUGACACUGGCUCACGCAAAGGAGUGCAACUUGGGGCAGAAGAUGUAUGUCCACCAUGACAUAAGCCAGAGUGUGAUUGUAGGCCUCAACUCCAUCUGCGAACCAUUAACAGUGCUUUUUGGCGGCUUGCGAUUCCCUAUUGAUGGACUCAAUGAGUUCGAGAAGGCACAAGUACAGGAGGUCGUGAAAGAUGCCCAUCAAAAUUGGCAUAAAGUGAAAGAGAUGGACAUGUGGCCCAACACUAAUCUGUUACCCUCAACCAGUGAUUUCAAUAAAGAAUCAGCAGGCGACUCGCUUAUUCCUACAACAUCAAGCCUACAACAAGGCACCAUUUUGCUUGAAGCACCUGACGCAGAUGUGGGGCCGUCCUUCAGAUCAAACAGCAGAAUAGAAUUCCAACUUCAAGAUUCUGGGAAUUACUUUCCUAUCUAUAAUCAUCGUGUUCAGACUCCAGGCUCAACUUACCCUAGCAGAAAUUUGGAAGAUCAGGACCAGUUGCCAAACUUCUACGGCCACCUGCCAUGACAGCUUGAACUCUGAGAAACAGCAUUCCCGCACUGCGUUUCUGUUAUGAAAAGUUCACAGGAUGUGAAUCUAAAGUUUCUGGCUUGAAUAGCAUCAUUUACAAUAGAAAGAAGCACUUAAGUGGCUUCUCUUGACAAGCUAGAAAAAAGAGCACAUUGUACAUUUUGGCUGUAAAACCGUUGUACCUAUGUUUAAGUGAAAAGUUCUAAUCGAAAGUGAGAAAAUUAAUAGGACAG